ACGCACUAACACCAGAGAUAAUGAAGGAGGUGUGUCGGGCUCUGGGGAACGCAGCAGCUGAUGACAGUAAGCUGUUGCUGCUCAGUGCUGUGGGGAGUGUCUUCUGCAGUGGCCUGGACCCGUCCUACCUGAUAGGACGCCUCUCCACAGACCGAAGGAAAGAGAGCAGCCGCAUUGCUGACGCUGUACGGGACUUUGUGCUGGCGUUUAUCCACUUUAAGAAGCCCAUCGUGGUGGCCAUCAACGGGCCUGCCCUGGGCCUGGGGGCCGCUAUCCUGCCCCUAUGUGACGUGGUGUGGGCCAGCGAGCGGGCCUGGUUCCAAACGCCCUGUGCCGCCCUCCGCCUCACCCCCUCUGGCUGCUCCUCCUACACMUUCCCCCAGAUCCUGGGAGUGGCUCUGACCAAUGAGAUGCUGUUCUGCGGGAGGAAGCUCACAGCACAGGAAGCCUGCAGCCGGGGCCUGGUGUCCCAGGUCUUCUGGCCAACCACGUUCAACCAGGAAGUGAUGCUGCGUGUGAAAGAGAUGUCCACCUGCAGUGCUAUGGUUCUGGAAGAGUCUAAAUGCCUGAUGCGGAGCAUCCUGAAGUCGGUCCUGGAGGAGGUAAAUGAGAAAGAGUGUCAGAUGCUCAAACAGCUGUGGUGCUCCACCAAGGGACUGGAGGCGCUCUUCAGCUACCUGCAGAGCAAGGUGUAUGAUAACUGACCUCUCACCUCCACACACCUGCAGAACUAUCUAUGGGCCACGAGAUCUGGUCUUCAGUUACCUACUGAGCAACAUCCCUGAAGAUAUAGGGCUUUGAUCUUCAAUUACCAACAGUCUUCUUUAACAACCAGCAGAGCGCAGUUUGCCAGUCUCCGAGGCCUUAUCUCCGCUCGUCAACAUCUGGGCAUGCAGAGCACCACCAUCAAUGRCUUUUUACCUUGGUCAUCCCUCAACGUCCCUGCCUGUAAGAUGAGCAAAGCAUCAACUUCUGGAGAGGAUUAAUCUGUAGGAUCAAUUCUGCAUUCAUACUGGCCUGCUUGGAGUUCAGUUAACCCCUUCCAGAGGAAGCAUUGACCUGGAACAGGAAGUCAUGACAGUGAACAAGGCUCUUCAGGAAAAUGGAGGCACAGCGGCAGAAUGUGGUGUGAGUGCAUGGAGGAAAAAGAGCUCAUCUGAUGGCUAAUGUCAUUGUUCAAUUAUUUAUUUGAAAAUGUAUUUAGAUUUGAUCCUAAAUAGUAAAAAAGCAUACCAUGUGUAUAUAUUUUCUAUUAGUCUGCUGUUUGUUGUGUCUUUCUGUUUUGAGGUGAAGUGUCCUCCUGGGCUCUGAGGUGUAGUGAAAAUCAAAGCUAUGCUUGAGGUCAGAGUGGAACAUAGAUUUUCUCACCUUACAUUGCAGUAACCCUGGCCAAAGAAGUAAAUAAUAAUUUAAGUGAAACCUGUCCAUUGAAUUAGGUGUGGUGUAAUAGGAGGGCCACUGGGGAAGAGUUAGAGSUAGGUCAUGCCCAAUGAUACACACCCAUAAKUGGGAAGUCAMUGUGAMUGGGCAGUGUUGACAGUGAACUCUUUYUKGAUUUAUAUAGGCCGUUUUGYGAUGCUCUUUUGGAAGUGUUUAUUCAAUUGCUUGUAUUUGGUUUGUCAGUAAGGGUGUGUUUGACCUCUGAUUGAAUGUGAAUAUAUAGAAGGGCCCUCUUUGACCACGACCAGCACUCCCAUAGAGAACCAGAGCUGUCUGAUGGCAUCUUUUCAUUAGAAUGUGGAGACUGUCGAUAGAUCAAAAGGAGACCUCUCCCUGGGAAAGGGAGGAAAGAGAGAGAGGGUGAGACAUAUGUGUCAUCAUUAUUAUAUCAGCAGCAAUAUGUGCAGCGUCAUCAUUAUCAUCAAGGUACAUAUAUGACAUGUAUUACAGUGCAAAGGUGUAGCGGGGGUGGUUUGCUUAACUACUCUUCUGUGUUGACUAACCUUGCCUGAGACCUGAAGACUUCUUUUGGCUCCCAGAGCUAAUGCCCGGCCUUUAGCUCAGUGGGCUACUGCAGUCUUAAAUCGCGAAGACGACCAGGGUUUGAUACCCCGUUGAUUAUAAAGGCAUGUAUAUUACAUUGUGAAGAGUGUAGCUAUGAUAUUUGGACAGAUAAUUAUUUUGAUAUUACCUUGCAGUCGGUUAUUAGUGAGACAUUGUGUAUUUUUGUAAAGCACAGAAAGAUUAUGUUUUGUCCCAAAGUAAUCACUGCACUUUUCGUCUGUUGGCUGUCUGUGUUGUGAAGAUGCAGUAGUAGUGCAGCUGAAGCAGAUAAUACCUGCAUGUGAUGAUGGCUUUAGGAAAUGGGAAAUAUAUAUCUACAUAUAUUGUAUGUAUGGAUAUCUAUUUUUGGUUUACCCAAUAAUGAAAUGUGGUUUUGUGGAAAUUGUUUUGUAUCAUUCAGGAAGUGGUGGGUUUUGCAGUUGUACACAUAUAUAUGAACCAUGUAGGUGUUAUAUGGUGUAACUAUAUGCAUGUACAAUAUUGCAGAUAUGUGUGUUGCCUGUCAAAAUACUUUACAUUUCAGGGUAUGUUUUGUAUUGCCAUAGUAAGCAAUGUUAGAAAUCUUGCACAAUUAUUAUUUGUAUUUAUUUAAAGUUAGUGCUCAAGUUCCCCUUGGGGCUGCAGUGCCAUAAUGUUUCCCUUUCCCCUGAGGCAUCUCUUUCUCUCUUAUCUUCUGUUCCAGAUAUUCUCAGUAAAUUGCUUUUUUCCCUAGAUCUGCCCUGUGUGUUAGUAGUGACACAACAAACACACACAAAAAAUGGUUAAAUGUAGCAGAAUUAUUUUUAAAGGCUGUUGAUAACCACUUUAUGCAAAACUUUUAAACAUUUAAAGUAAUAUUGCUAUUAACAGCUCUGACAAAUCAAAGCUCUAUCAAUUUCUAAUCAACCAUUCCCAAUUAUAUUUGAAUAACAAUUUCCCUAAUUCAUUUAUUAUUUGCGUGUUGAUCAGUGUAUUGCUAAAGUAUAGUGUAAGAUUAAAUGUAUAUUAAUAUAUUCAAGAUUUGAGUUUUGCCUGUACCUCUCCCCAACCUGGUCUCAGAGCAUUUUGUAUUAUUCUGUAUGUAAAUUCAUACACUCCAUUUAGUAUGAUAUGUUAA